AUGAAGAGAGAAAAAAUGCAGCAAUUGGUCUUCUUCCAUGCGUGUUCCCAACUGGAAGAAAGAAUAGAAAACGAUGUACAAUUGAUGAAGCUUUGAGUGCUUUUAUCGAUUGCCAACCGGUAUGCAUUAUCAUAUGUCAUUUAAAGUAUGAUAACUCGGAACAUUGCGUAUAAAGGUCUAAAAUAUUUCUCAUAUUUAGGUUGGUACAAACAUGCCAAAAUAUUUAGAAGAAGCUCCAAGAUGCCCGUUUGUUUUGGCAAUCGGUAAUCGCUACAACCCAACACAAGUUUUUGUUAUCAUCGAAGGCCAGGGCUUGGAGCAGCCUAAUCUUACGAAGGCAAUUGAUGUUUGUUUUAAAGUAUUUUACAUCCUGGAUAUUAAUUAUCCUUGGCAAUGCUCUUCGUCGUGGGAAUUCAUACAAAAAGUUCUCUAUGGCAUCGAAGAUAAGGUGAAAGGAAAGACAACCCCAGCUGUUGUUGCAAUGAGAGCAGCUUUAAAGUAA